UGCACUGUGGGAUUUCUGUAUAUUGACAUAGCAACCGGGCCAAGGAGCCUCCGCCGCGAAGUAUUUUUGUCCGGAUUAGUUUUUGCCUCAAACUCGUUGCUGGAAGUACGCUUUCCACCGCUGCCAUGAACGCGGCGGUGGUGAAAAAGACUCAGGACACGCUGGGGAAAGUGAUAAAGAAACCCCCGCUGACGGAAAAACUGCUUUGCAGGCCGCCGUUUCGGUACCUUCACGACAUCUUCAGCGAGGUUAUCAGGACCACUGGUUUUAUGAAAGGCCUGUAUGAAGAAAAUGAGAUGAAGUCAGAUAGUGUCAAGGAUAAGGACUCUAAAAUGGCCUAUCUUCAGAAAGCAAUAGAUGUUGUGAUGUUGGUGUCUGGUGAACCUCUGGCAGCAAAGCCAGCACGAAUUGUUGCUGGUCAUGAGCCUGAGAAAACCAACGAGUUGCUUCAGGCCAUCGCAAAGUGCUGCCUCAACAAGUUGUCCAGUGAUGAAGCAGUGAAGCGAGUUCUUGCAGGAGAAAAAGUGGACUUAAAGACCAAAGGGAGCACCUCCAGAUCUCAGGGCAAGGAAAACAGGGAUGGAAAGGAACGGCAGCCGGAUAAGGAAGAAAAGAAAAAGAUAGAGCGAAGUGGCAGCCGGGAGCAUAAGGAUCCGAACCAGGGCAAAGAGCAAGAAAGCCGGCAGAGAGACAAAGAAGACCACCAUGACCAUGAGCGCACAGAGAGGCAUCACCGCAGUGAGAAGGACCACCAAGACAAGAGCCGAGAGCAGGAACGAGAGCGAGACAAAGGACGGGUCAGGGAGAGAGAUCGAGACAGAGACAAGGAAAAGACCAGGGAGAGGGAUUCUCACAGAGACAGAAGCCAAGACAAACGAAGAGACAAAGACCGAGAGAGGGAAGGAGAUCGAAGCAAGGACUGGAAUGAAAAAAACAGAAGUGGGGAAAGAGAAAAUGACAAGGCCAGAGUGUCAGAGAAACCUCAGCAGAAAGCAGCCAAAACUGUGCCAGCAGAUCUAAAACCAGUUGAAGAGCCCACAGAUGUAGUAGAAAACCAGUUAGGUAAUCCAGCUAGGAUACCCCGGCCCUCGUCUGCCAAAGGUCAGAGGCAGAAACCCAAAGUUGAAAGCGCAGAUGAGUCUGACAGUGAAGGAGGUAAGUGUUUUCUCGAUAACAUGGACUUCCUUCUCAUCAUUAAAGAAUAAUGUUUUGUAUCUGUGAAACAGACACAAAAGCACUUAAACCAAUUCCAACUUAAUUGGAAUUGGUGUAAGUUCCUCAUAAAAGUGACUAUACCUUUUGAAUCUGUAAAAAUUUUUUGAUGUGUGUGUGUUUUAGAUAAACCAACACAUAUUAUCUCAUAGUUGGGAAGCUGAAGGAAAAGUACAUACAACCCUUAAAAAAUAUGGAAUGCUUUUUUAUUUAGCCCCACUAAGUUAAUACUUGCUAGAGCCAGUUUUCAAUGAAAUUACAGCAGCAAUGUUGAUGAACAUGGUUUGAUCUAAACUGUUUCAUUUCAGCUUUAAACUUCUCCACAGUGUUUGCUGAUUUCUCUGGUCUUCAUGAUGCUGUUUAAUAUUUUUUGAUAGACCUCUAAAACCUUUACUGAACAAAUGUGUUUAUUGGGGCCUGCCAUGCAAAGCAAUGGCAGGAACCUAUUGUUAUUGUCGGAG